AACAUUGUGCUUUUCUUCAUCAUCCCAACUACUUAUUCAUCUUCCUCCUCCUCCUUCAAACCAAAACAUUGUGCUUUUCUUCUUCCUGCCGCGCUCCCCACUCCGCACCCAUUGACAAGCAGUGAGAGGCAGACCAUCUCCGCCCCACAAUUCCCGACGACCACACCACCACCAUCACAGCUCUGCCCCCGACCACCAGUCCCAGCCGGAGUGAUACCGGAGGAUUUCACGAACCCCAAGGACUACCUCAACUGCCAGACAAGUUAAAUGUCACCGACAGGCUCCAAUUUUUUCCCUCUUUGAGCAGCCAAGUUUGAUGCGGUGGAAGCGCCUCGAUCCGCGAUUCCACGCGCUUGGACGGCGAUUCUACUAUUCCCUGCCUCAUCCGACGCCGGAAGCGUGAACUGAGACGAAUAACUUUUCCUGAAGCGUAGAAACGUCCGAUUCCACGCGGGAGAACGCGAUUUUCGCUACCUUAAUUAUUACCCAAUCAUACCCUAACCUACAGCUCUACAAUCUGCGAUUCUAGGGUUCCUCUCCCGUUCUUGUGCUUAGGUUGCUCUGGUGCUGCGGGCGUUGCCUCUUUUGCCGCCGUCGCCCCCUCUCGUCAAUUUGCUUUUGGGCCGCCGUGGCGCCUCCUCUCGUGCAUGUGCUUCUGCUUUCCUCUGCUCCGGCGGCCUGCUUCUUCCUUCUGCUCCGCCGUAUUUCUCUAUUACAGAUGCUUACAAUGGAGGCUUGGAUGUUUCUGAUGUCCUGUUGUAUGCAGUUGUCCUUCCAUCUACAGUGCUGCAGACCAGAUCUAUUACAUCUAUUCUCUAGAUAAUUGUAGCAGGGAGACCUUCCUAGAAAAGGAUGCUGAUUUAAGUCAAGAUGACCUUGGCAGAUGAAGGUGUUGCGUCUCGGAUCUGCACUUAGAAAACCCUUGCAUCCAAGGGUCAAGUGGUUAGUCACCAUCCUGCUGGUGGAUUUAUUUCAAUUUUAAUAAGGCUGUUUUCAUAUUGGAGCUGAUACCACGCUGUGAGUGAUCUUAGUAAUUUUGGGAGGUGGUAAGAAGAUUGGUAAUGAAGAAGUUGAGUGGCUUAUUUGGUGCAAGAAGCAGAAAGCUUCGUAGGGUUUUCAAUGGCCUUUGUGCGGUGGUUGUGUUUUUCUUUUUUUACAACCGAGAAGAUAUUCUUCAUAACCCGCUUCUUAGGCAAUCUGCAAAUUUGGCAAAACACCACCUGCCUCCGAAUUCAAUAUUGAGAUAUAGGUAUUCUCACACUGGGGUUACUCACCGUAGAAUGGUUGAAAUUAGCCUCAAUAGUUCAAGUAUAAUUAGUGAGCCUUCAGACACAGAUUUGCCUGCAGCUACGCCAGGAAUGUGUAAUGGGUUGCGAAAUCAUGCUGGUUAUGCCAACCAUUGUGAUUACCUAAAGGCCAAUCCGCAGUGUUCUUCGGAUGGAUAUCUUGAUUACCUGAGGUUUUUCUAUUGCACAUGUGGCAGUGUCAGAGUUCUUGGUUAUCUAGUAUUGGGCGUGUGGCUUGCUGCUUUGUUUUAUCUUUUAGGUAACACUGCGGCUGACUACUUUUGCCCUUCUCUUGAGCAUCUCUCAAGGCUCUUGAAAUUGCCCCCGACUGUGGCUGGGGUCGUGCUGCUUCCGCUUGGUAAUGGUGCACCUGAUGUGUUUUCCAGUAUAGCAUCCUUUGUGGGUACUGAAACAGGUGAAGUAGGUCUUAACAGCGUGUUAGGUGGAGCUCUAUUUGUUACCUGUGUUGUUGUUGGAGCUGUUUCUCUGUGUGUUUCAGAUAAGGAGAGUCAAGUUGAUCGCAGAUGCUUUAUAAGGGAUGUUAGUUUCUUUCUAAUCACUCUUAUCUCGCUGCUAGUGAUUUUGGUUGUAGGUAAGGUGAGCGUUGGAGCAGCCAUUGCUUUUGUGUCGAUUUAUGUUGUUUAUGCAUUCAUUGUUGCUGCCAAUGAGAUAUUACGUAAACAUGCACAUAGUUUGAAAUUGGAUGUUGUCACGCCGUUGCUUCCUGUCCAGGGAAGCAUCUUCUCUAUGGGAUCUGAAGAGGAUACUUCUGUCUAUAGCCCUUUCCUUGACUUAGACACUGAGAGUGAUCCACCCCGGUUACCUCCUUCCUUGCCUCAAUGGAUGUGGUCUUCAAACGUGGCAAUAUAUUCAAACCAAGCAAAUAAAAUUCAUAUGUUAGAUGAUGAAAGGCCGCCUUGGGGAUGGAGUGAUCAACCCACUGAAAACAACAGGUCGUUCUCUGUUAUGAAACUUCUUUUGCUGCUGGAGGUGCCAUUGGCAAUUCCUAGACAGCUUACAAUUCCGAUGGUCAAUGAUGAAGUCUGGUCUAAGCCAUAUGCUGUGGCCUGUGCUACAUUGGCUCCCAUUCUCCUAGCCUUCUUGUGGAGCACACAAGAUAGUGUGAGUUCUUUGAGUGCAAUACUAUCUUUUUGUAUUAGUAUUGCAAUUGGAUGCACCCUUGGUAUUCUGUCAUAUAAAUAUACAAGGCCUGAUCAUCCACCACGUAGGUAUCUGAUUCCUUGGGUUCUUGGAGGAUUCCUCAUGAGCAUAGUGUGGUUCUACAUAAUUGCAAAUGAGCUUGUGGCUCUAUUGGUUGCAUUUGGUAUAAUUUUUGGAAUUAAUCCAUCCAUCCUUGGAUUAACCGUAUUAGCAUGGGGAAAUUCUAUGGGUGAUUUGAUGUCAAAUGUUGCAUUAGCAUUGGAUGGAGAAGACGGAGUUCAGAUAGCCGUAUCUGGGUGCUAUGCAGGUCCUAUGUUCAACACACUUGUUGGUUUGGGGAUCUCGUUGCUUCUCGGGGCAUGGUCAAAGAAACCUGCAUUGUUCGUGGUGCCGGAAGACAGUACCUUAUUUUACACACUGGGAUUUCUUAUCGCUGGACUGCUAUGGGCGCUUGUUGUUUUACCUCGCAACAAUAUGCAUCCUAAUCGAGUGCUAGGAAUUGGUCUCAUCGGCCUUUAUUUGGUGUUUCUUUCGUUCAGGGUGUGCACUUCCAUGGGCCUCAUAACAGUUGCUGGUUCAAGUUGAACUCUCACAUUUGAACGAUGUUGCCGCCAAUAUAGGUGGUUUGAGCAUCCCUUUGAGCCUUGAUGCAAUCUGCUAUGAUUUCUGUCCUGCAUCUGAUAGGGCCCUCAAAACUUAAGGAAUAUAUAAAUUGGUAGUCAUAUGGCAGGAAUAAGUUGCAGCCCCAAUUGAAGGCCAUUGUUGUAUAUGGAAAACACUAUUAUGUAGUCAUCAGGCGAAUUAGAAGUAGGUAGAGUCUAUUUGCAUUUACUGGGAAAAAGAAAUGUACAUCAUUUAAUGGAACCGCGUACUGCACAGAAUAGAAUAAUAAUGACUCUGUUCGGGGCAUUUGGCAUUUCGUAUGCUUAAGAAAUCUGGUAUUAGAUUAUGUGAUAAAUAACUUAAAAAUAGAACAUCUUUCGGAAUUUUA